AUGUCUUCAGACAAUACCAGACAAUCGGCUAAUGAUAGGCCGACUACGGGUGCGGCCGGCGGUGCGGUAGUGGUGGCCAACACCGCCCCCAACGACGACCCGGCGGUCAUCGAAGUGAUGCGGCAGUUGUCCCACUCGUAUCCCAUCCAUUGGCUCGUAUGGCAUAACAGCGAUCACCGGUUGGAACAGCUACUCAACUCUCAUCAUAAGGUAUUCAUAUCUGUUGUCAAUCGUUGGACAUUGGCUUUAAUGACCACUCAUUUUGCUUGUUAUGACAAUCAGUUAGACGUGGAGUUACGGGACCCUCGAGGACGGACACCGUUGAUGCUGGCCGUGACGUUAGGCCACUACCGGGCGGCCAGACAUCUGCUCCGACACAACGCUAACGUCAAUAUUGAAGAUUCGCUCGGAUUUAACGGUAAUUUUGUGUCCAAUUUAAUUGAAUUUAAUGGUUAUCUAUUAAAUCUAUUUAUAAUAUCUCUAUUCAACGUAUUGUUUACUUUCUAUGCAUUCAACACACUUCUAGUACUACACGAAGCGGUCAGUAGUAAUGAUCCGGAAUUUAUACGUGAAGUGCUGGAGCGCCGCGAUUGGCAACGCUAUACCAGUCGUGUGGACGGCAUUCCCGUACUGUUGAAGAAAAUUUGUGAUACUCCAGACUUUUAUGUGGAGAUGAAAUGGGAAUUCACGAGUUGGGUACCACUGGUGACGCGUAUGUGUCCGAGCGAUACCUAUAAGAUAUACAAGAGUCGGUCCAGCGUUAGAAUAGACACCACUUUAGUUGGUUUCGAUCAGACAUCUAAUUGGCAGAGAGGGAACCGGAGUUAUAUAUUCACCGGCACUGAAAACGGCGCCGUUUUCAUGGAAGUGGAUCACGACAACAAACAGGUGAUCGUCGAGACCAUGAAAAUGAUGUCCGCCGACAAUGAAGACGCCAUCGAAAUGCUGACGCCGUCGGACGAGUUAGUCAACGCCCGACUCACCACUCCUACGAGCACUACAUUUAUAGACACCGAUAAAAUUCAUUUUGAAAGGAGCAAAGCGGGAAUUUAUGGCUUCAGAACCGAUAAAAGCGAGACAAUUAAUGGUCACGAUUCUAAAGUGUUUUGCGCCCAAAACGUUGAAGUGGUCACUAAGACUCGUACCGAGCAUUUGUCCGCCGAAGACAAGGAACGUCACAACUCGGCCGCCGCUAACCGAUUAGCACCUCUUCAGUCCCUUUUAGGGAUGACUGAGAUUGAAGAUAAAGCUCCCACUCCUCCACCCCUUGACUCAGACGCCGGUAUCGAUCAGACCGUUGAUCAGAGGAAUCGAUUCAAUAUAACUGCUGUCCAA